AUGGGUUCAGUCGUUUUGCACAAACAGAAAACAGCUAAAUCCAACAAAGUUCAGAAACAUAGCCAGCUACGAAAGAUUACGGAUUUGUUGAGGUAUGUUGAGAUGUGUGUUGUGUUGGUUUUGAUUUCAAGGGUUUCGUUUCAACAAGUACCAUUGGCUUUGAAGAGUUCGACCGAGUAUUUUCGAGGGUUCGAGGUUAGUCCCGGACUUGUUUUUCUGAUUGGGAAUGUCAUCAUUAUCACACUCAUUGCUCAAUCUGGUCAUUUUUCAAAUGAUUCUACAAAGAGAAAAAGUUCCGAACAAGAUCUGUAUCUCGAGUUUCUCCAGAAUAGCAACAUGUAUCAGAGAAUCCAAGGUUCUGAUGAGAGAAAACUGAGUGUGAAAGUGGAGAAUAGUAUAAAGGGUCGUCGAAUAAUCGAUGGAAGCAAGGUGAAGAUCUCCGAAAAAGAUGUUAAGAAAAGUGAUGAACAGAGGAUGAAAUUGAAAACAGAGAUGGAUUUGGAAGUGAAGGAAUACAGGAGGUGUCAAUCGGAAAUUGAGUUGGUGAGGGGUGUGGAUAGUGAUAAUGAGAAGGAUCAGAAAGUGUUGCAAAGAUGUGAGAGUGAGAACGAAAAAAGAAAGAAGAGAAGCAUUGAUACUGAUAAAGAGAAGAAAAAGAUGGUGAAGAAUUCGAGUUUAUAUCCUGAAGAUGGAAUGAGCAAUGAUGAAUUUCGUCGCACUGUGGAAGCAUUCAUCGCACGACAACAGAAGCUACGAUAA